UGAGUGUUUAGUCAAUUAUUUUGACAUAAAUGUGUAAUAUAAAAUUUUUUGAAGGCGAUUACGUUAUCAUGACAUCCCCGAGUGUCAGUAGUCACCAAAGGUAGCACCGUAAACAUGACUCCCAAGCGAAAAAACACGAGCUCAGAGUCGUCGACCUCGAGUAGCUCUGGUUCGUCGUCCAGCAGUUCGUCGAGCUCGGGAAGUGAAUCCAGUUCCUCAGACUCUGAAAACUCUAGUAGUUCUGCAGCCAGUCAGAAAGCAUCUGACUCAGACAGGGUCAAAAAGAAAGCACAAGUGGCUGCAUCUCGCCAUGUCAAGGGCAAAACGGAAACAAAUACAGCACCAGUGGAGACCAAGACCAAGGAAAAGAACGCGUCAAAGUCGAGGUCUGUUGUCUAUUCCUCUGAGUCGGAGGGAUCUCCUGGUAAGGCAAAACCAUCACCAACCAAGAGAAAACUACCUGCUAGGCCCAAGGCUACUGCCACCGUUGCUCCAGUGGUGAAACAACAAAAGACUGGUGCUAAGCCAAGUCCUGCAGUUGUGCUGCAACAUAAAAAUGCCUCACCAGUAAAGCCAGUGAAUAGAGUGAACAAGUUUUCUGCCAACACGACACCUGGGAAAACGAUAGAUAAAAGCACUAAAUCUUCAUCCGAACUAGCCCUAAAGAAAUUUAAGAAGAAAAGUAUAUUUAGUCCUGAAAAUAGUAGUGAAAGUGAUGGCAAUACACCUGUUAAAAUGACAAACGUGAAACCAACAAGUAAUUCUGUAAAUGCUUCUAAAACUCAGCCACAGCAAGUUAAAGUCAAGCCUAAUGAACAAAAACGAUCUUUGAUUAGUAAUAGACCUAGUUUGAUAACGAAACAAAUAGUCAAAUCUGAAAGUUCGGCAAGUUCCAAAAGUUCUGCAUCCGCAUCAGGAUCUACGGCCACAUCAGACAGUAGUUCUGAAUCAGAUUCUUCGGAUAGUGAAGGGAAUCCUCAACUACAGUCGAAAAAGAAAGGACCACCUCCUAGACCUGCUCCUGUAAUAAAUGCAACAAAAAGGGCUGCAACUUCAGUGGCUACAGUGAAACCGCAAAAAAUCAAACGACCAAAUACAAUAAAAAUUGAAGAAGAUAGUGAGGAUGUAGAUACUGACAAAGAUGUGGAAAACCAUGUUGAAAAAAGUACUUCAGUAAUAAGGGGGAAGAGAAAAGGUCAACCAAAAAAAGGAAAUAAAACGCAGCCACUGACAAAGGCCAUUAUUGCAAGUGAUACUGAUUCGGAUACUGUUGAUACUAAAGUGAAUAUUACAAAAUCGCCAAAUAAACGAUCUGCACAUGGUAUGACAUCCCGUCAAUUAGAAUUGGCAAUGACUAGAUCUGUUAGUGGUGAUAUUCCUACCAAAGGCCAAAGUUCCAGCAGUAGAACGCAUUCAGGGAAAGACAAGGAAUGUCCACUGGCAUCAGCAUGUGACUCUCGUGGACAUCUUUCUGGAAGAUACGAUUCCCAUUUUACGUUGGAAGGCUGUCCCCUGUAUCAUAAUAGUACCCCCCAGGAGUGCAUAGAGUUUUAUAAAGAAAGAAAAAGGCGAGAUGACGAGAGGAAACGAAUGAUAAUUAGCAUGGGAAAGAAAUCGCCAAAAGGCAUUGGGCACCAAACGAACGAGCAACGAAGUUAUCAAACAAGAAUAAAAGAAAUGCGAGGCAAGUUCAAAGAUCCUAUCACGGACGGCAAUGAGUCUGAUAAUAAGAACGAAAUUCAGGGGAUUGACAAAACUCGGCAGCCCAAUCUUGGUAGUUUGACGACGGAUUACGAUCUCAAAUUGUUUUUAGAGGCUCAAGCUGCCGCUAGUGAAAAAAUAGAAAAAGACUUGACAGAAUUAGAACUAGAAGACAUGAAAGAAUUAGAACGAAGGAACAAUGGUCUGAGUACGCAAAUAGUAGAAAUGGGAAAAUAUAAAAUGGCAGUCUGGUACCAAAGUCCGUAUCCUGAGGAAUACAGUAGUGCACCAAAGCUUUAUUUAUGUGAAUAUUGUCUGAGGUAUGCCAAAAGUAGACAAGUUUUGAGGCGGCAUCGAGAAAAAUGUGUUUGGAGGCAUCCACCUGGUCACGAAGUGUACAGGAAAGAAAAAAUUGGUGUCUGGGAAGUGGAUGGUCGAAGAUACAAACAGUACUGCCAAAAUCUUUGCCUUUUAGCCAAAUUUUUUCUGGACCACAAAACAUUGUACUAUGAUGUGGAGCCAUUUCUUUUCUAUGUUAUGACAAUCAACGAUUCAGAAGGUUGCCAUAUUGUCGGUUAUUUUAGCAAGAUUGUUGAUGUAUCAGUCAAUCAUUAG